UGAAACAAGUUUGGGAACCUCUGGCUUCGCGCGCGACACCUCUCGCCCCCCCGUGCGAUCACGCUCCUGAGCGUGCGUGGCCGCGGUGCGCGACGGUUCUUUGACUCGGCGCCGGGAGUCAGUCAACCCGGUGACGGCUUACAGGCUGCGUGCUGCGCGUUGCUGGUCUCCUCGGCGGUGUUCGCGAGAACUCCGAGAGCCAGAGAGCGCGCGGGUGCGCGUGUGCACGCGUGUGCAAAACCGUCAGGUAUCAACGUGCGCGGCGCGUAGCCCGUAUCCAAGGCGGCGAUCGUUAGUGAUCUCGACGUCAGUGAUCUCGGGAUUGUCGCGCGUCGUCGCGGGGGGGAAGAAGAACGCGUUCGGCGAAAGUACGACGCGGGCGCUUAUUUCGAAAAUGCGAAGAGCCCGCGCGACGAUCGACAGGUGACACGUUCUCGCUGAAGCGUGAAAAGGAUCUUCCGCUCGCGUUACCGCGAGCUGCAUUCCGCCGCGAGACGCGAUGCAUCGUCGAAGCUGAGCACGCCGCGCUGAGCGAGGGAUCGAGGGAGAUCUUUCUUUUCUCGGCGGGAUCGAUCCGUCGCGAUCCGUCGCGCGCGACCGCGGCAUUUCGUGACGCGCUGACGAUGAAACAACGAGGAAGCGUGUGCGACCGAAUCGAUCUCUGAGCCGUGAUCGAUUCUGGUUGCGUAACCGGCGACGCAGAUCGAGCCCUAACCUCCUCGGGCGCGUGCCUCGGCGAAGUGCGUCUUUUCUCAUUCUUCCCACGUACGAUUCGAGGCAAAGGUCCGUCGAUUUAUGUUCCGUAACAAUCGUUUUAAAGGGGAUUUCUAUAGAAGACUGCUUUGUUACUGGAUUGCGACUAUAAGAAAGAAAAAAAAAGGAGAGAAAACCGCUUGACCUUCGGAAGGGACGCUUUCCGGUGGUAGAAGCAGUGUCUUCGAAGAGUGUCUCGAACGUUUCUCGAACGCGAGAAAGCGCGCCAACGAAUUUCGAAUAUCUCUCUAUCGCGAAGGGCGCAAGAUCUCGGUGAAAGGUGAAAGGUGAGUGUCGUCGUCCGGCGAUUCCUGCAGGAAGGAAUCCUGCAGACCCGAACGAGGCGAUUCGAGGCGCCGCCGCUGCCGCGGCUCGAGAAGAUCCACGAGGAAUUCUCGACGGACUCCAGGACGAUCGGCUCCAGACGACGCACCACCACCACCACCGCCGCCGCCGCCGUUGGUACAUUCGCGAUGGAAGACGAGCUGCGAUGUCCCUGCUGCAAGGAGCUGUUCGUGGAGCCGGUGCUGCUACCCUGCUGGCACGCGUUGUGCCUGGCCUGCGCGGUAAAUCUGCAGGCGCCGCCGGACUCGCCGCCGGAGUCCACCGCGGACUCGUCCAAUGCGCCCGGCUCCGAUCAGGAGGCGGACAAACUGUCGAUCCUGUCGGAGACCGACUCCGGCGUGGUUUGCAGCAGCACGUCCACCAGCUCGCGACCGGGCAGCUACGUCGGCACCCCGGGGAACGGCGGCUUCCCGCCGUCCGGCGGUACCCUCUGCCUCUCGUGCCCGGUCUGCCAGAAGACCGUCUACUUCGACGAGGGCGGCGCCCACAAUCUGCCCAAGUACCGCGCGAUGCAGCACAUCGUCGACAAGUACCAGGAGUCGCGGAACUCACGGCUGCAGUGCCAGAUGUGCGAGGGGGAGCCGCGCGACGCGACCGUCGCGUGCGAACAGUGCGAGGUUUUAUACUGCGACGCCUGCAGGGAAUCCUGCCAUCCGAAGAGGGGCCCAUUGGCGGCCCACAACCUGGGACCACCGAGAGGCAGCUGGCAAUCAAAUGGGACCAAGGGAUCUCGGCCCGAGGGCACGCCGAUCUGCAACGAUCACAAUGGCGAAGCGGUGACCCUCUACUGCGCCCUUUGCAAAAUCGCGAUAUGCGCUCUGUGUCUUCGUGAUCGUCACGCCGCGCAUCCUCACGACGUUCUGCCGUUGGCCGCUGCUUGCAAAGCGCAAAAGACUUUCGAGAAACGAUCGCGAAACACGGAAUCGCAAAUGCUUGAAAAAAUAUGGACGGAGCUGUCGCAGAAUCUGCAGCAGCUGUCGGAGAGGGCCCGCUCGACGACGGAGUUCAUUCAAAGGCUCAAAGGAAUGACGGAUAAAGUACAUGAGGAAUGCGUGACGCUCGAGGAGGAGGUCGAGGAUCGGGUGACGAAUCUGGUGAGUCUCCUGCAGGCAAGGAAAUCACGGCUGAUCGAAGCCGCUCGGCAGACCAGGGAGGCCAGAGUGCGCUCGUUGCGAGACCAAGUGGCGAGAUGCGCCACGCAUUUACAGACGACCACGGCGUUGCUCACGUUCUGCAUCGAGGCGCUGAAGGAGACCGACAGCGCGGCCUUCCUGCAGAUCGGCGGCAUGCUGUCGGUCCGCGCGGCGACGGCCGCCGGAUCCUGGGGCGGUGCCGAGGGCGUGCAGGAGAUCGCUCGUUUGCCGCUGCUCGAUCUCACCCUGGACGACAAGCCGCUGCGCCGCGCCAUCGAUCAGCUCACCUUCGUCCAGCUCAAACCGUCAGAGGGGGAAGAACGAUUUCCUACAGCAGCACCCGGCGCACCUUUACUGAUCCCCGAAGAGUGUAGCGCCGAGAACAACAGUGUCACCGUUGCCUGGCAGCCACCACCUGGCCACGGAAUUAUGGGCUGCACCGGACAGAGGGGUCCCGCUAUCGAGGGAUACCUCUUGGAGCUGGACGACGGCUGCGGCGGAGAAUUCAGGGAGGUGUACUGUGGCCGCGAGACCAUUUGCACGGUGGACGGGCUGCACUUCAACUCGCUCUACAACGCCAGGGUGCGGGCCUUUAACAGCGCCGGUGAGGGCGAGUACUCGGAGCUGAUCGGCCUUCAGACCGCCGAGGUGGCGUGGUUUUCGUGGGCCACCGGCGCGGCCGGCAUACCGCAGGAGGUGUCUGUAUCCGAGGACGCGAUGAGCGCGUCCUGCGAGGGCUACGAGCACCGCGUGGUCCUCUCCAGCGUCGGCUUCUCACGAGGCGUUCACUAUUGGGAACUGACCAUAGAUCGAUACCACAGUGACACCGAUCCGGCCUUCGGUAUCGCCCGGGCCGACGUGUCGCGCGAUCAGAUGCUGGGUAAGGACGACAAAGGCUGGAGCAUGUACAUAGACCGACAGCGGUCGUGGUUCAUGCAUGGCGGCGGUCACGCACAGCGUACGGAGGGUGGCGUUCAGCAGGGCUCGACUGUCGGCGUCCUCCUCGAUCUGGACACCACGCACACGCUACGUUUCUUCGUCAACGAUCAGCCACAGGGCGGCAUCGCCUUCCGCGAUCUCUACGGCGUCUUUUAUCCGGCGAUCAGUCUGAAUCGCGGCGUAACCGUCACCCUUCAUACCGCGCUUGACGUGCCGCGUCAUCUCCUCGCACUUCACGAGGAGUACGUUAGCGAUAUGAUUCAGAGCUAGGGGUACCUCAACGUCCUCAAGAAAGGUCUGCCGCAGGAGAUCGGCUCGCCUUUAGGCCCGACAAUGUGCGCCACGGACAGGUGCAGGGACUUCGAGUCGGGUCAGCUGCUAGAGAAGAUUGUCGAGGAGAGUCCGGUCGACGUUAACUAAUGGGUAGAUCUUUCGAAUAUAUUUAGAGCGAUCGAUCGUAACCCGUUUUCUGCAUGAUUCCGCUUGGCACAAAACGUUAUGAGAUAACACGUAAAAUCGCUCCGAGGUAUCAUAACGUUAAGGGCAUUUCGGUCCUUCCGCAAAAUUGUGCGGCGAAACGAGAGAGAGAGAGAGAGAGAGAGAGAGAGAGAGCGCGAGAGAGAGAGAGAGAGAGAGAGAGAGAGAGAGAGAGAGAGAGAGAGAGAGAGCGCGGAUUGAUCUCUUUAGGGACAAUAUUUUCUUUCUCCAAACAUUUUAAUAUUUAUUUAUGAAUAUAUAUUUUUGCGGAGUGUUUUUCUACGCAAUUGUGACACAUAUUUCGUGUGUUCUAAAUUUAACAUACUAUAAAUGUGAGUGUGAUUUUUGUAUUUAUUAAGAAAUACACAGUCCCUGGGGACGUUAAUCCGCACAAAAUUCGCCGCUGUCUGAGUAUAAGCAAGCUCCACGAGGAAUAACGAUUCAACAGGUUCAGAAACUUUGGCGAGAGGGUUUCCGAGGGUGGCGCUAACCGUGGACCCUUUUGGAUCCGCCUUGUUUGAGAAACUGAAACUUAGAAUCCAGACCUCUAGUUAGGAAAUCGGAAUUUAUACUUUCCUAUCUCGCCCGUACGAUCAAUUAUCGCGUUAAACGAAAUCAUCACUAAUGUCAAUCGAAGCGCAUACGUUUCGAAAUACAGAGCGCAAUGUGAAAUCACUCGUAGAGUGAAACGUCACACUUCAUCCCCAAAAAAUUAAUGAGACUGACACACAACAUACGUUACGCAAGCCAUAAAUAGUAUCUCCCUAAAGGUAGGGGGUUCACGAAAGCCGAAAUAAAACUCCCUCCGCGCUGGAAAUCAGUCCAUUUUCUAUUUGUACCGCACUCUAUAUAUUAAAAGCGGAGAAAAGAACAUAUUUUUUCCUACACGUUUCCUAAAAUUCGUGUUUCGAGGAAUUGUCUCGACGAAGGCUUAACGCACUUUCGAGGAUCGAUGCUUGCGAUCUUCGGCCAAUUAACUCGAAUUCCACACUACAGCCGACGCUACUACGAUCCGGAAAGAGGCGAAGGGAGAAAUUACCGGACACUUAACCGAAGGUGGAACGACCGGCCCUCGAAAGCAAGGAGACGUCCAUUAGCAAAUAGCCAAGUAUCGUCGGCGAACAAACUUUGUUGAAGACCGUGUCCAAAGUAGGAACGAUCAAUCGCUUGGUUCGAGAGAUCGUGGCGAGAGCCGCGGAAUAAGAGAUGAGUUUCUUACAUCUUAGGAAUACAUCGAUAGUGAUAGAUGCACAAGCGAGAAAUAGCAUCUCGCCUGACAGCAACCUUUCUCGAUAUCCUCGACGGAACCAGUGGUUCUUAGUAACUUCUUACUCCGGGGAUAGUAGAGUCGAGUUGGAGUGCGCGAAGAAGAAGGACAUACGGUAUCGGAGAGGACCUUCAGUAGUCUUUCCCGCAGCGUGCUACUCCGGGUAACCAGUUAAGAAAGUCGACGAUUAGUCCCGCUGGGCGGCAUCCGCCGCUGAGUUUUUGUCGAUCGUGUAAUUAACUCUUUCAGCACCUGUCGCGGCACGAGUUCUUUUGUUAAAGAACUCGGAAGAGCUUCUUUCGUCAUAAAGGUAAGGCGUAAAAAAGAUUUUUUGAGUAUUUAUACAUUUUCUGCAAUGCAAUAAUUUAAUAACAACUUUUUCAUUGCGAGAAUAACAUUUUUGCGAGGGAAAAAAUAUUGUACCGUUUCGUGAAACACAUCUCUUUCGUGGAAAGUGCGUCAAAAAUGCGUAAAAGCUCUUCUAACGUUCGACGACUUACCUCUCGGAAAAUAAUUAAACGCACUUUUUCCAUUCGCUGAAUAAAAUUGAUCGAAACAGAAUUUAGUAAUUCAAUUCGGCACGGUGCUGAAACGGUUAAUGAACCUGCGAAAUCGUCGAUCGAACGCUGACGAGGCGCGAUCGACGACGAGGAGACGGAGAAUUGAGACUACGGUAAGGCCGAUAAUUAUCCUACAGGACGGAGAAUCGAAAUCACGCUGACCGAACGGAUUCUUCGUUCUGCUCGCGCGAUCGACGGAUCGCUCGAUCGUCCACCCAUUAUCCAUAUCGACACGUAUAAGUGUAAUCGCGUUGUAGGCGUUAAGCUCCAUUAAAGCGUAUAGACAGGUAAGGCGUAUAAAUGCUGCCGCGGCUUUAGUGUACAAUAACGAGUAUACGUUUUUCUAGUCUUCGAUAGAGACUUAAUCGACACAUCUCCUUCGCUCCCACUCUCACUCCGUCGUUUCUUCCCCCUCCCCCUCCCCUUUGCAUCCCCCAUUCCCAAUCCCUCUGGUUCUUUUUUUUACGACUUUAUAUCUUUCGACAGUCAGGAGUCAUGGGACACUUGGUCCUCGCGCUCGUCGUUAUAUUCCGAUGUAACGAUAGCCCGGAAGCGUUAUUCCGCGCCGGUCGUCGUCUCUGCGAGCGCGCGCCUUUUGGCGCCGUGUAUAUAAGUGUAUAUAUACAUAUAUCGAUUGUACCGCCGAUGAAUUUGCCGAUUGUACCAUUUACGACUGUAUCGGAUCAAUAAAACGCAACGAAAACGCC